GCAUUCAGUAUGAGUACACUGGCGGUGUACAGGAACAUCUACACGGAAGAGCAGUUUCAGAAGGUGUAUGGCACAGCUAAGGAUUUGGAGAGGCCUCCGCUGACUAUAAAGGAAAAAUUAGCCAGGAGCUGUAAAUGCUCCACUCAUAGUUUCCACACUUUGCUUAAGCAUAGGAUCCCCAUUGUGGGCUGGUUACCCAGGUACAAACUGAGGAAGUGGAUUCUGGGAGAUCUUAUUGCAGGUCUAACGGUUGGCAUAGUGCAUAUCCCACAAGGAAUGGCCUUUGCCCUGCUGACAUCUGUGGCUCCGGUGUAUGGACUCUAUACAUCUUUCUUUCCCGUUCUACUGUACAUGCUACUGGGGACUGGACAUCAUGUUUCUACUGGUACCUUUGCUGUGCUAAGCCUAAUGACUGGCUCAGUCAUUGAUGAACAUCUUUUUGAGAACACAUUACACAGAAACCUCACCAGUGAGGAGCAAUCAGAAAUAUAUGCUCAGAGAAUAGGGAUGGCUGCUGCUAUUGCCUUCUUAAUGGGACUUAUAAUGGUUAUUAUGUUUGUUCUACAGCUGGGCUUUCUGUCCACGUACUUGUCUGAGCCUAUAGUCAAAGCUUUCACCAAUGCUGCUGCUUUUCAUGUCACCGUUUCUCAGAUCCAGAACAUGAUGGGAUUACCUCUCCCACGUCCUACUGGGUCCUUUGCCAUUUUUAAGACAUUAGCAUCAGUAUUUAGAGCUGCCCAUAUGACAAAUGUUGCAGAGCUGAUUAUAUCAAUACUCUGCUUAGCUGUGCUGAUACCCAUCAAAGAACUUAAUGUUCGGUUCCGAACAAAGCUCCGGACACCAAUACCAGGAGAGAUCAUUAUGGUUCUUGUAGCAACUGGAAUAACGUUCGCUUCAUCUCUAGAUAACCGAUAUAAUGUGCAGAUAGUUGGAAGUAUACCAGCAGGUUUUCCAACUCCUAAGCUUCCUGCCUUGGACAUUAUUCCAAAUGUGAUUGGAGACACUAUUGCCAUCACUUUUGUUGGUUAUGCCGUGUCCGUAUCACUUGCCAUGAUCUAUGCAGAACAUAGAUAUAGCAUUGAUCCCAAUCAGGAGCUGUUGGCUCAUAUCAACAUGGUCUCUUCCUUGUUUCAUUGCUUCCGUUCUGCCACUUUGGCUACAACAAAUAUUCUUGAAAGUGCUGGAGGUCAUACUCAGCUUUCAGGGUUCUUCACUAGUAGCGUGGUGCUUGUUGUUUUGAUGUGGGUUGGCCCACUUUUCAACUACUUACCAAAGGCAGUACUUGCCUGUAUAAAUGUUGUGAGCCUCAGACAAAUGUUCCUACAAUUCCAGGAGCUUCCAGAAUUAUGGAAGAUCAGCAAGACCGACUUUUCUGUUUGGGUGGUCACAUGGUUGGCUGUGGUCAUUCUCAAUGUGGAAAUGGGUCUUGCUGUCGGUGUAGUUUUCUCAAUGAUGACUGUAGUUUGCAGAACACAAAGAGCACAGUGUUCAGUUCUGGGAAGGGCUAUUAAUACAGAAAUAUAUCGACCCAUUGAACAAAAUGACAAGUGUCUUGAAAUUCCAGGCGUGAAGAUCCUGUCUUAUAACUCCCCCAUAUACUACGGCAACAGGGACAUCUUUAAGGAAACAAUGAGCAGGAUCGUGGGGCUGACACAGGAAAAGAUAAGGAGGAGAGAGAAAGAAUUAAAAGCCAUGGAACAAGGCAUGAAGAUGAGCGUCUCAGUUGUGGAUACAGGAAUUGCAAACCCAGUUUAUCAUCUAGAUGGAUGCAACAUAAAACUAGAACAAGACACUGAAAUCAAGUCACUUAUCAUUGACUGCAGUGGGAUUAUAUUCAUUGACAUUGCUGGAGCUCGUCUUUUUAUACAGAUGUGUGUUGAGUGUCAGAAGGCUGGCAUGCAUCUUCUCCUUGCCGGAUGCAAUGCUAAAGUGCUUAGAACAUUGGUCUCCAUUGGUAUCAUGGAUCAUCUCAGUGAACAGCAAGUCUUCAUAUCGGUGCAUGAUGCUGCGUGUUAUGCCGAGCAGAAUAUGGACAGUUUGACGACCAAGGGCCCAAUGGUGUGGGUGUAAGAACCGCCUUUCCUGGGAAUCAGGAUAGAAACAGCAAAAGUGUUCUGACUGGAUGAAAAGUCCUACUUGGAGACAAGGAGGAUGACCUAUUAAGCAGUUUGGAUCACAUGCUUUACAACACAAUCCUGGGAUCCAAGAUAACGGGACUGAGUGUUAAGGAGCACUUACCAUCAUUUUACUCAACUGGAACAAAUGAGGCACAGACAGCUUUUUGUUGGGUUGUGAAAUGAACAUGGCUUAUUUUAUUAAGGAGGUAAAGCUAACAACUGUCAGACGUCAUCAAGCUGUGAUAAUGGACACUUGCAUAGCUACCUAUCGUCAUAUGGACUUCGUUUCAAGACUGGAGACUCUAUUCAAGAUACACCUACUGUCUUUUCCUCUAGUAGAUUGUAAGCUCUCGCUGGUAGGGUCUUCACCCCCCUCUGUUACGAAUUUCAUGCAAAUUGUACUUGUGUUUUAUAUUAUGUAUGUACAUACCCUCUUACAUGUACAGCGCCAUGGAGUUAAUGGCGCUUUCUAAUAAAUAACUUAUACACACCCUAAACAAUCCUUAAAGGGGUUAUCCAAUGAUGUAAAAAAUGAAAAUCAGACAUUAUAUAGUACAAGACCAUCUCUUUAAAACUAAGCUAGAACCAGCCCGAUACCUCACAUGGAUCCAGAGCUACGCUUAUUAAUUUUCCUUAUUUCAAAUUGGAAGCUCAGGGAUGUGUCUUUUCUGCUCCAGCUUUCUCCCUGUAACUGUCACAGUAGAUUUGGCUGCUGGCAGUUAAGAAUAGAACUGAGCGUGUGCGACCACCUUCCUUAGGGCGGCUGUGUGUCCCUUCUUCCCCUUCGGGGACGGGAUGGAGCGGACCUGCUGCAUCCACACGUGAUCGCCAGGCCGACAUUCAUUCAUGGGGCAGGGCAUGAGGUGCUCCCCCACCUCCAUCAUUCCAUUCUUCUGGCGCGAAUUCUUGGCGCUCUUUUCUGCGCUACACCCACUUCCUGCUUCAAAAGGACCUCUGCAGGACUCUGACACUUAUUCUCUCCACAAGGCGCUCUGGACAAGCUACAUUGAGGGACACAGGCCAGGUAAGCUACUCUCCCCUUCCUACAGGGUUUAGCCUACUCCCUUCAUCCUCCUACCUGUCACUGCAGGGUAAUCACUAUGUCAGAGCCCAGACCCCAAAACAAGCUGCGACUUCUGUGCACCAUUUUGCCUGUGCUUCUUGUCGCUCUAAAUUCCCAUGCAGUCAGUUAGAUCCCCUCUGCUCGUCGUGCUCUGCCCCACCACCAAGUGUCUCUGACCCUGACCCAGUCGCCCCUCCUGCUCAACCCAUGGUAGAACCAGAGUGGGUGCAUUCCCUGUCAAAGAUGGUACAGGAUGUCUCCCAUACCAACAAAUACUGGAAUACUGGAAAUACUGGGGCGUUUGUCCGCUAGGCAGUCCCCUGAUCAGUCUGACUCUGGGAAUCCUGUGGCUAAUGCCCAUCCUAGUCUCCCUGCAAAACGGGACAGGUCACCCUCCACCGGAAGGGUAUCUGCAUCCCCCAUUUCUUCUGUCACACCACCACCUCCCAGAGAGUCUCGUUUGGACAUGUCCUCCCUGGAAGAUGCCAGUUUUUCCUUCAGGUAUUCCAGUCGCUCGCCAAAAUGGUUCCCCAACCACCAGGAGUUUGAUUCCUCUCUUUCCAAGGAGUGGAAUUUCCCUGACAGAGGUUUUACUUUGCCUAAACGCUUAGAUAUCUAAUACCCUUUUCCGGAAGAUUUGACAAAGUGGUUGUCCUCUCCUAUUGUGGACUCUCCCGUAUCCCGCUUGGCUAAACAUACCACCUUGCCUAUUCCUGACGGGGCUUCCUUUUCCGACCACAGGGAUAAAAAAUUGGAAUCUUUUGCGAAGUCAUCCUUUGAAGCAGUGUGCACAGCACUGUGGCCAGUUUUUGCCUCUACAUGGGUGAGCAAAGCUAUGUUUGAGUGGGCAAACAAACUACGCCAGGGCCUCUCCUCUGGGGACCACUCAGAGGAACUUUCUGAGAUUGCCCUGCAGCUCUCCCAGGCCAGUCAAGGCCAAGCCUCUCUAGACACGGCCAUACUUAUGGUCAGCUCUCUUGGUGGCUAUUCACCGUACCCUUUGGCUCUCCUGCUGGGUGGCCUUUAAAACGAGCCUUGACGGCCCUCCCUUUUGCCGGCAGCAGAUUUUUUGGCAAACGCCUGGAUUAAAUCAUUUCUGACGCUACAGGUGGUAAGAGCACUCAUGUACCACAGAACAGGACACGCUUCAACAGCGUAGGCCUCUUUUUCUCCCUUCGGUGUUAUAAGUGGCCAGCCGACAAGGCUACCCCAGAUCAGAAGCGCAAGCCUUCCUUCAAACCUCGCCCUUCCUGGCGUCUCCGCCAACAGGGCACCAAGUCCUAUACCCCCAGACUUCCUCAGCAUGGGCGGCCACCUUCAUCUGUUUCGUCAUGUCUGGCUGGCUCAUGUCUCGGAUGCCUGGGUGAGAGAAGUCAUCUCAGAGGGUUACAAGCUGGAGUUCAGCUUCCCCCUUCUAUCCAGAUUUUCCGCUUAUCUCCCCCGACCUCUCCCUCCACCGCCCAUUCCUUUUUUCAGGCUAUUCUCACCCUUUUUCGUCAGGAAAUGAUUAUCCCAGUUCCUUCAGUUUUUGCGAGUUUUACUCUAAUCUCUUUGGGGUCCCCAAAAAGGAAGGUACAUUCUGUCCCAUCCUGGACCUCAAAGCCCUCAACCGCUUUCUUUGGCUCCGCCGCUCCUGGAUGGAGUCCCUGAGAUCGGUCAUUGUGUCCAUGGAACCGGAGGAGUACGUGGCCUCGAUAGACAUCAAGGAUGCUUACCUCCAUGUCCCCAUUUGCAUCAGUCACCAGAAUUUUCUCCGGUUCGCAGUGGGUCCUUUUCACUACCAGUUUGUGGCUUUCCCGUUCGGGCUGGCCACAGCUCCCAGAGUGUUUACAAAGGUUCUGGCAUCGGUCAUGGCUCUGCUCCAUGCCAGGGGAAUAGUAGUGACAACAUACUUAGACGAUAUCCUGAUAAAGGGUCCGUUGUUCCGGGCAACGGCGGACAGCCUGUGCAUCAUCCUCAUCAUCCUGGACACCCUGAAACGCUUCGGAUGGGUUCUGAACCAGUCAAAGUCAUGUCUCCAUCCAUCUCAGCAGCUGACUUUUCUGGGUUAUUCGAUACCUUUCAGGAUAUCCACUCAGAAGCUACCCACUCUCCGGCUUCAGAUUAUUCCCUUGUUGCGGCCCUGUCCUCUCCCCAUUCGUCUCUGCAUAAGGGUUCUGGGUCACAUGGUCUCUGCCUUCGAGGCAGUACCCUAUGCUCAGUUCCAUUCCAAGACUCUUCAGCAAGAUAUUCUAACCCAUUGGGACCGAUCCACAGCCUCCCUUGAUCGGCGCGUACGCCUCCCUGCUCCAACCCGCCGGGCCCUCAGGUGGUGGUUCUUUUCCCCAUGCUGACAUCGGGCCGCUCUUUUCUUCCCCUCCGCUGGACGGUGUUGACAACGGACGCCAGCCUCCGGGGCUGGGGGAAGGGGGAGGCUGCUAGACACUCUCUCCGUUCAGGGCACCUGGUCGCGCGAGGAACGCUCCCUUCCGAUCAAUAUUCUGGAAUUGCGGGCGAUUCGUCUCUCUGCUCCAUUGGACAGACAGUCUCCAGGGACGUCCAGUUCGAGUUCAGUCCAACAACUCCACGGCAGUCGCAUACCUCAACCACCAAGGCGGCACCCGAAGCCCUUCAGUCAUGUUGGAAGCAGCGCUCAUCCUCAACUGGGCGGAGAGCCAUGUCCCCGCUCUGUCAGCAGUUCACAUUCCUGGCGUCGACAACUGGAUCGCCGACUUACUCAGCCGGGAGAGUCUCGAUCCCGGUGAAUGGGCUCUCCAUCCGCAGGUCUUUCUCACGAUUUGCGAGCAGUGGGGUUGGCCGGAUGUGGAUCUCAUGGCCUCCCACUUCAACCGCAAGGUAUAGAACUCAGUCGCCAGGUUCAAGGAUCCUCUGGCCCUGGUGUCGGACACCCUGGUAAUCCCGUGGAGUCAGUUAACG